UAAAUGAUUGCUAUUUAAGACAGAGCUGAAACGAGUCAGAUUAUAAAAGAAUGAAGAGGGGCAUCGGAACAACAGUUUUAUCUCCGUGCUAGCAGAAUGAAUAUUUGAUGCUGCACAGCUGUACCGUGGAAACACAUGUGGUAGGCGGGCUCAGAGAGAGAGAGAGUGUGUGUGUGUGUGUGUGUGUGUGUGUGUGUGUGUGUGUGUGUGUGUGUGUGUGGAUCUACUGUGUGUUUGUCUAUAGUCUGUCAGUCGAGCUGUUUGCAGUGCCCAACCAUCAGUGUAGCAUGAAACGGCUAUCCGCCUCUCAGAAACGAUGCUACAGCAACCCAAACUCCGGAAUACUCUUCGUUAUCUACCUUUGAACACCGCCCAGAAGAUCGUCUACCCUGACGGGCGCUUACACCGAGCGAAAGGAGGGAGCCAAGACUGAGGUGUAGAUGUAUCACCCGGUGCGAGCGCAGUAUGAAGAAAGCAGGCAGGCCAGUGGGGAAUAAGGCAGCAAGUGGAGGAGGUAAAGGUGACACGGUGACAACUGGAACCUCUGCUGGCAAAAGCGCUGUUAAAAGCCCUAUCACAGCCCCGCUCUCCAAGGUCAAAAGCAAUGAUGAUCUUCUAGCUGCUAUGGCCGGGAGCAGUGCAGGGACAAACAGCAGUGUUGCCAAGGGCAAGAAAUCAACCUCUACACACUCAACAUCCUGCGGAACAAACACUAAUAACCCUGACACAAACACCAAGACCAAGACCACCUCAGGCCCAUCUGGCAAACGGACUUCAUCCACGGCCUCCAAGGAGUCAAACUCCUCACGUGAUCGUUUGCGAAACUCCAGAAACUCCAGCAGUAAGAAGCAGUCAUCCGCUGGUGCUUCUGAUCGAACCCAGCCCAGGCAUUCCCGUGGAUUGGCCCAAACCUCAGAUACAGAGAGCCGCAUGAGCAAAUCAAAGUCUGACGGGCAGUUAAGUGAUAAAGUGGCCCUGGAGGCCAAAGUGAAAAAUCUGUUAGGUCUGGCCAAGAGCAAAGACGUAGAAAUCCUGCAGCUACGGGGUGAGCUGAGGGACAUGAGGGUUCAGCUGGGACUGCCUGAGGAAGAUGAGGAGGAUGAGAGACCACCGGAGAGGGAGGCGGCUGCAGUUAUUACAGCUGCAGAUGUGGAAUCAACUUUGCUGCUCCUGCAGGAGCAGAACCAGGCUAUUCGUGGAGAGCUCAACCUGCUUAAAAAUGAAAACCGCAUGCUAAAGGAUCGCCUUAAUGCUCUUGGCUUUUCCCUGGAGCAAAGAUUGGAUGGGGCUGAGAAAACCUUUGGUUUUCUCUCCACCAGUCCUGAACUUUCCUCCUCUGGAGGUGGAGGAGGUCAUGGAGACUGUGCCACUGUGGCCUCCUCUGUGGAGGGAUCAGCACCGGGGUCCAUGGAGGACCUCCUCACGGGGGGCCAGCGAAGUGGCUCGACGGACAACCUCGACAGCGAGUCCAGUGAGGUCUACCAAGCGGUGACCUCCAGUGACGAUGCUUUGGAUGCUCCCUCGGGCUGCGGCUCCUCGUCAUCCUCUGAGUCUGAAGGUGGUGCUCCAGCAUGUCUCAGUUCCUCUCGUAAGGGGAGCAGUGGAAACACCAGCGAGGUGUCAGUGGCGUGCCUUACAGAGCGCAUCCACCAGAUGGAGGAGAACCAACACAGCACGGCUGAGGAGCUCCAAGCGACUCUACAGGAACUGGCUGACCUGCAACAGAUCACGCAGGAGCUAAAUGGUGAAAAUGAACGCCUGGGAGAGGAGAAGGUCUUGCUUAUGGACUCCCUCUGCCAGCAGAGUGACAAACUGGAGCACUGUGGCCGUCAGAUCGAGUACUUCCGCUCACUUCUGGAUGAGCACGGUGUGGCCUACUCAGUAGACGAAGACAUCAAGAGUGGGCGAUACCUGGAGCUGGAACAGCGCUAUGUGGAGCUUGCGGAAAAUGCUCGCUUUGAGCGUGAGCAGCUUUUAGGUGUUCAGCAACAUCUGAGCAAUACUCUAAAGAUGGCAGAGCAGGAUAAUGCUGAGGCUCAAAGUGUGAUCGCAGCAUUGAAAGAGCGCAACCAUCACAUGGAGCGACUUCUAGAGGUGGAAAGACAAGAGCGAUCUGGCAUGGCGGCGGUUCUGGAGGAGUGUAAAGCUGCAGUCAACAACGACCAAGCUGAGCUUAGUCGCUGUCGGGCAUUACUUGAGCAGGAAAGGCAGAAGGUCGCUGAGCUUUACUCCAUCCACAAUGGCGGAGAUAAGAGCGACAUCCACAAGCUCCUUGAGGGGGUUAGGCUGGACAAGGAAAAAGCUGAAUCCAAAGCCGCCAAACUACAGGACGAUUUGGGCCAUGCUCGCAAUGAGGUGGCAUGUCUGCAGGACACCCUUAAUAAGCUGGAUGCAGAGUACAGAGAUUUCCAGAGCGAGGUGCAAAAAGAGUUAGCCGAGCAGAAGAGGGCUCUAGAGAAGCAACGUGAGGACAUGCAGGAGAAAGAGACGGAGAUCGGAGACAUGAAGGAGACCAUCUUUGAGCUGGAGGAUGAAGUGGAGCAGCACAGAGCUGUCAAACUUCAUGACAACCUCAUCAUCAGCGACCUAGAGAAUUCGAUGAAAAAGCUUCAGGAUCAGAAGCAUGACAUGGAGAGAGAGAUAAAGAUACUGCACCGCAGACUCAGGGAAGAGUCAGCAGAGUGGCGUCAGUUCCAGGCAGAUCUGCAGACUGCUGUGGUCAUUGCUAAUGACAUCAAGUCAGAAGCUCAAGAGGAAAUCGGUGACCUACGCCGCCGCUUGCAAGAAGCCCAAGAAAAGAACGAGAAGCUGAGCAAAGAACUAGAUGAAGUUAAAAACCGCAAGCAAGACGAGGAGCGUGGACGUGUGUAUAACUACAUGAACGCUGUUGAGAGGGACCUGGCCGCUCUCCGGCAGGGCAUGGGACUGAGUCGACGCCCCUCCACAUCCUCCGAGCCGUCCCCCACAGUUAAAACCCUCAUCAAAAGCUUCGACAGUGCCUCUCAGGGUCCUGGAGCUAAUGCUACUGCAGUCGCUGCUGCAGCCGCUGCCGCCGCCACAAGCACAACUACGAGCGCCCCUUUACCUCGCACACCUCUCAGCCCCAGCCCCAUGAAGACCCCACCUGCUGCUGCUGUCUCACCCAUACAGAGACACUCCAUCACUGGCUCUAUGGCUGCUGCGAAGCCCCUCUCCUCCCUUACAGACAAAAGACCCAGUUACACAGAUAUCAGCAUGCCAGCUGAGCAUCUACUAAGAGCAGCCAAUGGCAAUCGUCCCGCUUCAGCUCUUCAGAGAGUCUCAAGCAUGGACACGUCAAAGACUAUCACAGUUUCUCGAAGAAGCAGUGAAGAGGCGAAGAGGGAUAUCAGUGCUCCUGAUGGAGGCCCAGCUUCCUCUCUGAUGGCCAUGGGCUCUGCUGCGCCUCCUCUCUCUCUAUCGUCUUCCUCUUCCCCCACAGCCUCUGUCAACCCCACAGCUCGCAGCCGCCUUCGAGAGGAGCGGAAAGACCCACUGUCAGCUUUGGCUCGUGAAUAUGGUGGAUCUAAAAGAAAUGCACUUCUGAGAUGGUGUCAGAAGAAAACUGAGGGUUAUCAGAAUAUCGACAUUACCAACUUUAGCAGCAGCUGGAAUGAUGGGCUGGCCUUCUGCGCGGUCCUUCACACAUAUCUGCCUGCUCAUAUUCCCUAUCAAGAGCUCAACAGUCAGGACAAGAGAAGAAAUUUCACUCUGGCCUUCCAAGCAGCAGAAAGUGUGGGAAUCAAGUCCACUCUGGACAUCAACGACAUGGUCCACACAGAGAGACCGGACUGGCAGAGUGUUAUGACUUACGUCACCUCCAUCUACAAGUAUUUUGAGACCUGAGCACAUGUGCAUUCAUGUGACUGUCAAACCAACGCAACAGCUAACCCGAGUGCAACUUCCCACCGUAUCGUCUAAGCCUAAUCCUAGCACAAAGUCAUAUCAAACCCAUCACAAGGACAGUUCCCUUGGCGUAUGCUGAUAUGGCAUCGAUAUAUAUAUUAAAGAAAAUCCUCUACAGAAUCAGCUUGCCUUUGUAACGCUUCAGCUCACCAUGGCGUGACUCUAACACUACAGACUACAUCUGGUUGCUAAUUCUUAGUGUGGAUGAUCUAAAACUGUGGAGUUCACCAACCGCUUGCGACCCCCCCCCCUGUGCCUUUCGCCGCCCCGAGUUCUUGCUUCCAGACAGACGUUUGGAGCGAGUUCUUCACCUUAAUUCACAGCAGCGGGACUUCUUGUGGAUCGCUCAAAGCAGUGCCUGAUUGAAACACUUCAUUGGAGCUUCAGUAGAGGACAAUUGUACACUAAUAGUUAUUCACUAUAGCACGCGGUCUGCGGUUCAAUCUUUUUUUACAGGAUUGUUUUGAAAGCCCAUCACGGGCGCGUUAAUGUUACAACUGUGAUGGAUCUUGGCUUGAAAUACUACAUAUUAAAUAGGGAGGUCAGCAAUAAGCUUAUGUAACCCCGUUGAGCCAUUUCAUAGGACGUUAGUGCUGCUCACCAACAGUAUGAUACUGUAGUAAAACGCUAUAUUCAGAUUAGCAGCACAUGCGCAUGCACUGUCCAUUGUAUUAGUCUGAAAUAGCAUACCAAAAAUGAAAUCCGUCACGAUGUCGUUUUGUUUGUAAGCUAACUUCCUUAUGUACUAAUCAGAUAGUAUGUUCUUUCUCAGGAUAAGAAAGUCGCGUUGAGAUUUAUCACACGCGAUUCAUAACAUGUUUAUGUGCAGCGCUCUACCAAUACCCGCACAUUUUAUUGUUCGCAAAGCACAAAAAAAUCAUUUUCGCACGCACUAAUUCAAGAUGUAAAUGAAGCUACAUUCCAGUGCAUUAAUACGGAAGAGUUUCCGCCCGAGUGAGAAACGUUUUGAAUUGUCGCAUAUAUCCUGUUUUGCAGCUGUGCUGAAUUCAGGCGUCUUUUCGCGAGCUUGAAAGACUUUGAUCUUUCCCACCUGCCUGCUAAUAACACUCUAAAGGUAAUACAAGACAUGGAAAAAAACACAAUAAUGAUAAAAUAGGAAUUUUUCACGAGUGCAUUGAAAAAAAAAACGUGAGCUGUGUCUCUUAUUUUCUAAACCUCUUGAUUCUUUUAAUAGGGUACUUAAUAUUUCCAUUCCUCAGGAAGUAUUUCACAUUGUUUGAAAUAAUUCCUAUUCAGAUUCCAGGGUGUGUAACUAAGCAGCCGUUUUUAGCUCUCGAACAUCUUAAACACAGAUCUGAUUCACUGGUGAGCGUUUCCCAGCUACUUCACCUUUGGACCGUGAUCGCGUAAUAAUUAAAAAUAAAUGUCAGAUUAAUCUUUAUACUGGUCCCAAAUAAAUCCUGACCAAAUGUUUUGUUCAUAAGCCUCAUAUCCGCUUAAUUUACUAAACCAGAGACGUGUUGAGUUGGACCUGUGUCUUCACUGUGCUUCAUCCAGCUUUCAUCACAUUAAUAUGAAUGUAAUACAGCUCCGUUGCCUUUUAGAUGUUCAUUUACACCAGUUCUCUGUUCUCGAAUGCUGAACUUUCUUUUGCUGCCAUUUUAGUUUUUUUUUAUUAUUAUUAUUUUUGUGAGAGCAUUAUCUUAAUAAAAAGGGUAAAAUUAUUUCAUUUUUAUAAAUAAAUGUGAAGAGCAAUCAAUACGCUGUUA